AUGCUUGACGUACUCCGUCAUGGACCGUAUUCUCCCAACGCCACUCACUUUGAGAUCCUCAGCAGCAACCAAAUUUUAGAGCCCAGAGAGUAUUUUUUUGGGUACUCAUCGCAUGACAACGACACUCUUCCGAUGGACUCGCACUCUAGAAUCACAAAAAGUGGUGCGAGUCAUCGAAUGAACAGACCAAAAUGUGCCUGCGACGAAUGUCAAUUCGAGUUCGAAUAUGAGACCCUGACACUUACGCCGCCCUCAGACUUCACCCGCACGCUCAAUGACGAUGAAGUUCGCUCUCUGCUGUCCGGUUUCAUCAAAGAUGCCACUAUUGCCAGAGCUUUCUUGAAGAAUAGCCUGGAGAAUCAUGGGGACGCUAUCAUGUCGCGGUGGAGGAAGAUGAGCCAAGCCAAACGUCGGGCAGUUCUCGAAAAAAUCGAGCCCCCCAUUGCAAACGAGAUAAGGUCGGACAUGCGAUGCCUGUAUGAUUCGAGAGUCACCCACUUGGGUAACAGAGAUAGCAUCAUUCGGAAGCAGUUUUUAUUGCCAUGGUUGAGCAUUAACCGGCUUACGGCCAAUGUAUCCGUAUUGUUUGCCUUGUUGCACGUUCGAACCGAGUACCAUCCAUAUGAGUGGGCAUUUUUUGACUUGUGUCAGCUAGGUGAACCCUGGAAACACGAAUACCUCAAACUCGAGUACUCAGACAAAUUUAUCUACAUGCAGGGAGCACGAUAUGGGUCAGUUGUGGAGGACAGUCAUUAUGGUGUUGUCCACCACGUUCUUGGGUUACCCUUUCCUCAAGCAUCGUCGGUCCUGGAGGCACAGGCACAUUUGAUGACUUUACUCUGCAAAAUUGUUGAGGGCGUACUCCAUGGUGCCGAUACUUCAAUUAUUCAUGGUUGUGAUAGAUGGAAUUCUCAAGUCGCUUCUGGAUGCAAGCACAUCGGGAAGGUCGAGUACUGGUCAACCUACAUUAACCAACCAUUUUCGAGGCCAGUAGGCGAAGAUCUGGAUUACAUCAUCUCUUUGGUGAGAUCCCGAAUAGAGGAAACUGAAGAUCACUUCUACAGCCUUCAGAUGAAGCCAGCAUACUUUCGACAACAUAUCAAAAAUACGUACAACAAUACGCACUCCCAAACGAUCGCAGAGGCUGAAGCCAGGUUGGGUGAUGCCUUGUUUGUUGAAUGUAUCCUGCUUUUCUCUCUUGGAGACUGUGAGCAACAAUGCAUCGAGUUGAAGAAGCUCCUUUACAAUGAAAUACCUCCUUCAGAAGAUAGGAACUGUCUACGCAAAGCUCAGGUGCGAGCACUCGACCAGUUGGAGAAUGAUAUUUGGAAUAUGGCUUGCUUUCAUAGUGUAAAUCUCUACCGCGCUAUGACAAAUUCUGCAGAAUUCAAGCACUUUUUUAACUACGAAAGGGUUCUUUCAUUCUCACCGUGUAUACCAAUGCAUGCAGCCAGAUGCCGAAUAAGUCAGAUAUAUCAGAGAGAUCCGUUGGCAUGCUACCUUCUCCACCUUGGGAGACUUGAGGUUAGGAUGUGCCAGCAAUUUGGGGAGGCAGGCCUUGUUGCAGCCUUGGAACACCAUCUCCAAAACAAUCCUGGGGAGCUGAAAAGAGUGAGUCCUGAUAUGAUGCGCAGCAUCAGCACCAUAGCCGCCGCAAGCGAAGCUACACAUCAUUUGAAACUAUUUAGGCACAGCUCGUCAUGGACUCGGAUGAGGGAACGGGACGAAGACGAAAUGAUCGCCCAUCAGGAUUGCGCAAACUGCGUGUAUUGCAGACAGGAGAACCCGAAAGCACAAUCAGAACCAAAAUCAAAAAGAAGAUCAGAAUCAUUUGAAGAGGUCGGAAAGCUGUUGUUGCGUGACUUUUACAAUAGGCCCCCGCCGAGUGGCCCCAAAAACAUGGCUCGACUCCAGGAAUCUAGGUAUCAACGACACAGUAUAGAAUUGUUCUGGGAAAGCAUGCGUAAGGGAGUGAGAUGUGGUUUCGAGGAACGGUCUCUCCGGUACGAGACAACCCGCAGAACAAUUGCUGCCCUGUCAGUGCAUCUCACUGCUGAGUACGAAGAGGCCAUACAAAGGGAAGAGGCGUCCUUCGCAGAAAUUGCCGGGAUAAAGCCCGAACCAAGCCCUUUCGUGCAUUUUGGCUGUUCCAGUUCCGGCAACUACAACCCAGUCCUCGAACUGGCGGCUCAUUCGGACAAAAUCAAGACCAGGGGCACUGAACGCGUUGGUUCAGAAUCUGCCAUAGAAGAUAACGGCACCACAGAGAAGCCAACGGUCAAAAAGAGAGCAGUUCCAAAACAACAGCUUGAGAUAUUCCAUCUCAUUUUCCCUGUUUCUUCUGAAGAAAGAUGCAGAACGAUCAAGUGGGAUGAGUUCGUGCACUCCAUGAACCACGCCGGCUGCGUAGUAAGCAGCGGGGGCGGUUCGGCAGUCCGGUUCGAAUUGCAUAGCACAGCAGACGACCAAGGCACCACGACCAGCAAAACCAUUAUAUUCCACCGCCCUCACCCGGUUCCGAAGAUUGACCCCAUCAUGCUACGCUCCGAGAUUGGCCGCCGGUUGACCAGGCGGUUUGGUUGGACGAGAGAGCAUUUUGUCCUGGCUGGUGAAGACCAAACUCCAGGCGAGACGACGAUAACUACGGGGGAACAGCUUUAG